AUGGCACAAGCGGAAGAUACUGAACUUCGUGAUCUUGUUAUUGAAGCUUUGGAAAGAAACGGAUCUCUUGCAAAAAUAAGGGCUCUGUUGAGGGCUAACAUCUUCCUGGCUUUCGAAGACGACUGUGAAAAUAUUAAACAAAAUGAAUCCCUUGACAAUAUUCUAAAGCUUCCGGAAGGAAUUUUAUCCUUAUCGAUCAUACACGAGUUUUUGGAGUUCUGCAAUUUAAAAAAUACGUUGUUUGUUUACAUGUCAGAAUCACGACAAGGAAAUGAGUAUAAGGUUAAAACACCGCGGUCACUCAUUGAUACGUUACGACUGAAUAAAGCCAGUAAAGAAAAAGAACCUAUACUUAUUACUCUGUUAAAACACUUCACAAAGUCACAAAAACAUGAAAGUUCGCAUGAAAGCUAUGAGCAUGAGCAUGGUGAUCAUUCUACAUAUACAGUAGAACAUGAUACUAGUUCCUCUACAAGUCAAUCCCAAUCUGAUAAUUCAUCAGAUGAAAAAAAUAAAAUAGAUUUAAGAUUGUCUUUAGAUAAUUCAGAUACUGAUAGCUCUAGUGACUCAAGAAACAAGAAAAGCUCAGAAUAUGUUCCUAAUCCAGAUAUAACUGUAAGUGACUUAGAUUUAGAUGUGCCUGAAGAGGUCAAAAGUUGUCCAGAAAGUUUUUCUUCUGUAGAAAAAAAGAAAUUAAGUAACAAAGAUAGUUUUAUUAGGAGCAGUGAACCAAAAUCCAUUGAAUUGAAACCUUUUAACUUAACAGAUGAAAAACUUUUAAAUACCACAGGAAUACCUAAUAGUGAUGAUAAUAUAAAAGAAAAUAAAACAAUGGCAAAUGAAUUUCACACAUUAAGUAGUCCUUCAUCAGAAUCAUUUAAAAAAGAAAAUACAAACUUAAUUUCUACAAACACUUCAAAUUUAAUUUCUAAAUUGACACCAGACCAAUCAUACAAAAAUGAUCAUACGCCAGAUUAUAGUUAUGAUUUUUCAUCUAUGCCAGGUUCCGAAAAAUCGCUUUCAAAUAUUCUAACAAAAAAACCAACAACAAACCACAAUAGUUCAAGUUCAUAUAGUGAUAAACAAAAUUCCCCAAGGUCACUAAGUUCUAUUUCUAUAUCAGAUGUAGCUGAUCUUAUAAGUGAAAGAAGCUAUGUAAGCAGAAAAAGUAUAAACUCAAUUUCCCAAGGAAAAUUACAAAAUGAUAAAAGCCCAGAUAAUAUUAGCUUGAAGUCUAGCAAUAAUUCCAGUGAUUUCUCACAUUCUCCGAUUCCAUCUUUAUCAAAUCUAAGUUUAGACUAUCAUAGUGAUUAG